AGCAGCACUGUGGAAACCACAGAAGAAGAGAGCCUCAACAGUGCCAAAAAUCUUGAGUCUUUUUCACUGAUUAUCAACUUCCUGCAGAACCUAACUGAGGAGCAAUGGAGUAGGAUUCGUAAUGGCAUUUCUGACCCGCUGACAAAACAACAGCUUGCCGGCUUGUGUCUGAGGAUUGUCCAGUUUUUAUCGGACAAGCUGAUGCAGAUCAUCAUCCCAGGUCUUUACGAACUACUGGGCAUCCAAGAUGCUGCCUCCUCUCCAUUGUCACAGAGAUCUCUCACAGCGUCACUCACCAGUCUGUUAGACGAUAAGGUUAACACCAAGUCCCGCGUGAGAUUUACUGAGGCUGGUGUACCUAAGAGGCCAGGCAGUCGAAAGUCUUACAAUAGCUUUCGCAUCCCGACUCCCUACCCUUCCUCCAACUGUAUGGAUCAGGAAGAGGAAGAAGAGCAGGAAUCACAACAACUUAAGUUCAAGGAGAUUUACCUGACUAAGGAGAUGGGCAGUCUGGGCAGUGGAAGCUACCUGCCCAAAACCCCAAAGCCAGCCAUGAGGACUCUAACCUCUCUGUCUGAUGUGCAGAAGAAAACAACCAACUCUGAGACGCUACAAGUCCUCUUAGGUGUCUCAGAGGACACCCUCGUCACCUGUGUGCAGGACAGCCUGCAAGGUUCUCUCUCCAAACUUGCAUGCAUGUCCAAUUCUCCAUCUGGAAGUGCAGGCUCUAUGAUGCUAACCCCUGCUGUAAUGGCAGAGUUGGCUAAAGAUGUCAAGUCGGCCUUAUCAGUGGUCUUAAGAGUGCCUCCGUAG